AGUUAACCUUUCACCCUGUUUAUAAAAAGACCUGUACUUUUUUUGCUUUCGUUCGAGUUUUCUAAGAACGACCUAUUUGUAUCUUACGUGGUAUCUUAUAUAGGUGGGAUUUUUAUCUCUCAGUCAGUCAAUCCAAGGAACAAGAAGGAGAAACUCAACUAUUAUCAAAACCUGUUGCAUUUGCAUCAAAAAAAUAUUUAGUAUUUACUCAAAUAUGACUUUAAAGUUAUAUUACGAUUUACUCUCACAACCAUCGAGAGCCCUAUACAUAUUUCUCAAAAUAUGUGACAUACCUUUUGAGAAUAAGAUUGUAAACUUGAAAAAUCUCGAACAAUAUACGACAGAGUUUGAACAGAUUAAUCCAUUCAAGAAAGUUCCUGUCAUGGAGCACAAUGGUUUCAAGCUUACUGAAAGUGUAGGGAUUGCACGCUAUAUAUGUAGAGAAUUUAAAGUAAAUGAUCACUGGUAUCCAUCGGAUUCAAAACGUCAAGCAAAAGUUGAUGAAUAUCUCGAAUGGCAACAUCUCAAUACAAGAUUACAUUGUGCUUCGUACUUCUUAGUAAAGUUCCUUAAUCCAAUUAUGCAAAAAAGACCACCAAAACCAGAAAAAGUGGCUGAAUUUGAAUCACGUAUGAAUGAUUGUCUUGACAUUAUUGAAAAUGUAUGGCUAAAAGAUAAGCAAUUUUUAGUUGGAAACACAAUCACUGUAGCUGACAUAUUUUGUGCCUGUGAACUGGAGCAACCACGUAUGGCUGGUUUUGAUCCGAAAAAGGGAAGACCAAAUCUAACUGCUUGGAUGGAAAAAGUUAUUGAAGAAACAAGUCCGUAUUAUCAAGAAGCUCAUAAAUUUUUAAAUAAAAUUGCUGAAGCCCCACCACGUCAAAGCUUCAAUUUUAGCUUUAAUUUUAAAGCUUAACACUUAUAUACAUCGCAUGUUUUAAUCGACAAAUGGUGAAUAUUUAAUACUUUUGAGGUAAAAAUGGGCUAUAUAUAUAAUUUUUUUGUUGAU